AUGCGGCACGGACCGGACGCCGAUGCCACUGCGCUGGCGACCCUUAAACUCACGCCGAACGCGCUGGUAUACGACCUCGUGUAUAAUCCCAUGCUGACGCCAUUACUGGCAUCUGCACAACGUGCUGGCGCCGCCGUGCUGGGUGGGUUAUCAAUGCUUGUGUAUCAGGGAGCGGCGGCGUUCGAGAUCUGGUUUGAUCAGCCGGCGCCGGUUGAUGUGAUGACCCGUACCGCGACGGAGGCAAUGCAGGCACGCGAGUCGUAG